CUUUCCCUCCCUGUCCUCCUCUUUCUCCUCCUCUCCACCCUCUCUACUUCUGCUCUCCCCUUUUCCUUUCCCCUUCUCCCUUCUGACCCCUGACCUCUGACCCCUGGGGCAGAAAGGAUGAGCUGGCUGAGCCGGCUGACCCCGCGGGGUCCUGGGAGUCGCACCAGCCGAAACGGCGCCCCCUCCAGUCCGGUCACGGCAGACCCGGAGACCUGCCUCAUGGUGUUCGAGAACCACUGGAGACAGGUGUCGUGGGUGCUGGAGCAGAGGGACUCACCCGGCUCGGGGGCGGGCGAUGACCUCACGGCGGUGCGGAACCACACGGACCAGAUGAUGUGCCUGCUGUCAGAGGAGCGGCCGGCGGGCGGGGGCGGCAGCGGGGACCCCGCCCCGGGCCCCAUCCUGGAGCUGGUGGUGACGGAGAACGUCCUGGACCGCCUGCUCCAGUGGCACCUGCGGCGCGGCCUGGACCCCGACAGCCAGGGGGCGCUGCUCAAGCUGUUUGAGAUGCUCAUCGGCCGCUCCCAGCAGCCUCUGCUCCGGCACAAGCCCGUGCUGCAGCCCCUACUGCGGCUGCUGGCCGCCUGCGCCGACCCCCAGCUAGGCUGCCCAGCCGCGCUGGAGAGCAGCCUGGUGCUGCUGCUCAACCAGGUGUGCGCCUGUGUGGCCCGCCACCCCUGCGUGCUGGAGCUGCUGCUCCGCUCCGCGCCCGGGCCCACGCCCCAGGGCCCCACCAACCUGCUCAUCUUCUCCCUGCUGGUGCCCUUCAUCCACCGCGACGGGGCCAUCGGGCAGCAGGCCCGCGACGCGCUGCUGCUGGUCAUGGCCACCUCCGCAGACAACCAGGCCAUGGCGCGCUACAUCGCCGAGAACUCCUACUUCUGCCCGGUGCUGGCGACGGGCCUGAGCGCACUGUACUCCUCUCUGCCGCGGAAGAUCGAGGUGCGGGGGGACGACUGGCACGCCCUGCGGCGGGAGGACUGGGUGGGCGUGUCGUCGCUGGUGCUCUUCAUGAACUCUCUGGAGUUCUGCAACGCCGUGGUGCAGGUGUCCCACCCGCUGGUGCGCUGCCAGCUGCUGGACUAUGUCCACAACGGCUUCCUGGUGCCCGUCAUGGGCCCCGCCCUGCACAAGUCCUCUGUGGAGGAGAUGAUAGCCAGCACGGCGUAUCUGGACCUGUUCCUGCGCAGCGUCACGGAAACGGCCCUGCUCAAAACCUUCCUGCGCUUCAUCCUCCUGCAUCGGCAUGACAACGACACCAUCCUCAAUACACUGCUAACCCGCAUCAGCAGCAACUCCCGGCUGUGCAUGGUGUCCCUCAGCCUGUUCCGCACCCUGCUGGCCCUCAACUGUGAAGACCUCGUGCUGCAGCUCGUCCUCCGGUAUCUGAUCCCCUGCACACACGUCAUGCUGAGCCAGAGGCGCGCUGUCAAGGAGACGGACAUCUACGGCAAGUCGGCCGAUCGGUUCCUGUCCCUUAUCCCUGAGUGCUGCCGUCUGGACACAGCGCCCUCUAGUGACCGAGAGGAAGACUUCUGGGAUAAAGUCCCUGGGAGCCCCAGCACAGAGUCCCCUGUCCACAACCGACCCAGCACCCCGUCCCGCCUGGUCCUCUUCAUCCGGCAGCAGAGCAGUGGAGGCGGGUCGCCUGCCCCGUCGGGCCCCGAGACGGCCCCUGCCUCUCCCCGCGGGGGCCCCGGGCCCCUGACCCCAGACAGCCCCGUGCACCCGGCCCCGGAGAGCCCCGAGUGGGAGGCGGGAUACCUGGCGUACCUGAGGGACGCGCGCAGGGGCAUCGAGCUCUGCUCCUGGGGCUGCAGGGAUUGGUCCGCUCCCUACGACGGAGAAAACCCCUCCCCCAACUCCGCCCCGCCUCCGCCGCCUCCCCCCCCGCCCGUCGUCACGGAAACCCUGGCGGGUGGGGCUAACGGAGGCGUGGGCGCGGACUCCGGCCAGCAGAGGGCGGCGGUGGUGGCGGCCGCUCGCUCCGAGUGGGGCAGCUCGGACAGGGACAGCGGCGAGUGGGACAUCACCAUCAGCAAGAACUGCAUCAGCCUCACGCCCCGCACCAAGAAACGCAGCCUGCAGCGGGAGGUGCCCAUCAAACACGCGCCCCUGCCACACCCCUGCCCCCUCGCCCCCUCCUCGCAGCUGCCCCACCCCCCAGUGGGGCCUCAGGGGCAGCAGGCGCCUCUGUACAACGGGGCGGGGCAGGGGACAGCCUGUCCGGACGGGCAGGAAGCGGGGUCGGAGGUGAAGAAGGUGAAGAGGGACUCCUCCGGUCCGUCUCCUGGGGACGGGGGUCAGAACGGAGGGGUUGUGGGGCUCCCCUUGCCCGUGCCUGGGGCGAAGCAGCAGGGCUGGGCCCAGGGGGGUCAAAGCCAGCCCACCCCACCCGUACCGAAUGCCAUCGAGGCCCCGGAGCCCGUCCCGAAACCAAACUCAACUCCCAACGCCUGGACGGGGCCUCCGGAACUCGCAGCGCCGAGCCUGGGGCUGGAGUCGGUGGAGAGCCUGAUCGAGGAGCUCCUGGAGCGGGCGCCCACGGAGCCGCAGCCCGGAGAGCUGGGCGUCCAGGGCAUCAGCAUCGAGGCCUUCCACCAGGAGUUGCGCGAGCUGGAGGACCGUGUGCGAGAGAGGAGGGGGCCAGAGGACUCUGCCAGGGACCCCCCCGAGCCCACGGACGACCGGCCCCCCUCCCCGCCGGACUCUGACCUGAGCGCGGCCGAACCCAAACCCGAGAGCCUGGCCACGAACGUGUUCAGCCCCGUCCACACUCUGGCACCGCCCCUCUCUCAGCCUUACACAGGCCCCUUCGUGGCAGUGCUGUUUGCCAAGCUGGAGUGCAUGCUGCAGAACUCUCUGUACGUCAACAUCCUGCUGACCGGCAUCCUCACCCAGCUAGCCUGCUACCCCCAGCCCCUGCUCCGCUCCUUCCUCCUCAACACCAACAUGGUCUUCCAGCCGAGCGUCAAAUCGCUCAUCCAGGUUCUGGGGUCAGUGAAGAACCGCAUCGAGGCGUUUGCUGCCACGCAGGAGGACUUCCCGGCCAUGCUGAGGAAGGCUCGGAGGUACCUGGUGGCCCGGGGGAAGCUGGACUGGGGCGACUCGCCGGUGGGCGUGCCCAACCUACGUCGCUCCGACUCAUUGGUGAAGAGCCGGAAGCCGUCGCUGGGGGACCUGCUCCUCCGGCACACGCAGAGCCCCACGCGGGCGCGGCAGGCGGCUCAGCUGGCCCUGGCUCACGUGCGCGACGGCGGCCAGUCUCUGCACAGCGCUCUCUUCCGGGGCGCGGCCGGGGCCUCGGGCAUGGAGAAGCAGGCGGAGGCCCUGCGCGUGAAGAACGCCGUAUACAGCGCCGUGGUCUUCUCCGAGUUCCUGAAGGAGCUGGCCGCCCUGGCGCAGGAGCACGCCGUCGCCAUGCCUUUCCCCCGCAGCCAGGGGGCGGAAGAGUGACCGGCGAGAGCAACCCUCCUUUGUAAAGACUCUGUAAUAAGCGCGUGUUAGGGAGCACUGUACAGCUUUAGGAAAUUGUGCAUAUAUAAAUAUAUAUGUAUAUAAUAUUUAUGUGUACAUACAAAUUCAAGAGGCUCAUUGACAUCCAAGUUUAGAGCAGGGCCCUGUGGUUCGAUGUUGAGGUAUGACCUAACUUGUGUAGACGUAUAUGUGUGAACAGAGUGGGGGUGACUUGGGUUUAGCUCACCCCCGUAGUCACUCUUAAAGUACGUGCCUGUGUGAGUGUUUAUGGGAAAUUGAGUCCAGCAGAUGCUCUGCAUCGGUGUGUGUGUCACAGACGAACACACUCGCACCCAUACACUCAUACAUGCAUGCCUGCAUACUCUCAUGCAUACACACUUGCUAUACACACAAAGUGGCGGCUGUGACAUGGCUUCUAGAUCAGUGCAUUGGGUUGGCAGAGGAGUGACAGCAUUGAAUAAGGCCUCAUCUGAAGCCGUCCAAUCAGUGCUGGCCAUCUAUAGAAACUACGCCCUAUAGCUGCCUGGUGAGGGGGAGUGGGGUGAGGUCAGGGGAUCUUAAAAUGGAGGUCACUUCUCCCUAAUAGUGCCAGGUCCUCUGUGAUGAGGACCCUGUGUGACAGCACACUUUUAUUUUACUGUUUUUUUUUUUUUACUUUUUAAAUGACUGCAGUUUUAUUAUUGAUCUUAAGUGCGAAGUUUUAACGUUAAUAUAUAUAGUUAUUAUAUAAAUACGAGGAGACUUGGCUCAGGUCUGAUUGCUGGUGAUCUGUUUGUCGUUUUAUAGUCGGAUGGCCACUGCCAGAAUGCAGGUUUGCCUGACGGUCUGUUGUGAAACAGUAGGGUGGAUGGACUUCUAAGGAAGGUGGAUUCACAGUCGCCAAUUGAGAAGUGAUGCUGGGAAAGGCUGUGCUAUGUCUUCAGUUAAACUGCUUCAGGUCGACAUUUUAGACUUUUCCUUCUCUUUGAGUGCCAGCUGAAACCUGCCUGGGGACAGGCACAGCACUUUAAAUGAUAUCAUUCACACUUUCAUUGGAUAAUUAAACAGUGCCAGUGCCACAGGCGUUAAAAAUCCAAAUGGGUGUCAGUAGAAUAUGCAUCUCAAAGUGGUCUCACAAAUAAACACUCCCCAUUAACAGACAAAAUUUAAGUGCACAAAGACCUCAAGCUUGCUUGUUAUUGGACAUACAGUUUAAAGUCUGUUUAGCAGUUUCUGGUGACGAACAUCGCAGCUUCCCUUGUUUCUCUAAGUUUCCCACGGUUGUUUACGCUCCCGACUUCUUACUUUUAUGUUUUUAAGUUCAACUUAGGUUUUCUCCACUGCUCCCAAAUCCCAGCGUGUGCGAUACUGAGCUGACAUUUGAAUCUCAAAUCCCUUUGAAAACAGCUUGCGGGUCCCUCCCACACGCUCCAAAAAUGCUUCUGUACGGAUGAACACACCAGCUUGACACCCUGACUGUAUCACCAUCAGCUGAGUUCCUGUUAGAGUGAAAACGUGUUUGCUGUGUGCCACAGCCUGAGGUCAGGGCUGUAUGGGUAACCUACUUCCCCCCCCCCCACAAACCCCACUUGGGCUGAAUAACAAUGUUUCUGGAGCGUUGUGUGAAUUACCAAUUCAUGGCAGCAACAUUGUGAAAAUGUUGUUGCGUUUGCUCGGUUGAAGUGUAUGGUACAGACGAUGUAGUGUCACCGCUUCCUCACUCAAAUAUGCCCAGUACUGUCUACUGUCCCCUGGAGAAAGAGUCACUCUGUCCUUAAUGCACUGGUGCAGUCUUACUGUGUCAGAUUUAGUCUUUGUCUUUCUUUGAAUAUUAAGUUGUGCCAGGACCCUCUUUAAAUCAGCCAAUCAAAAUAUGGAUAUAUUGGAGAAUAUCCAAUUAGCUGCAAUCAGUUUUGCAGACUUUUUAUUUAAGGGGGUUACGUUCGUGUACCAUAGCCAUUCAGUGUUGCCAUUGAUUUAUUCACUUUAUUUUAUUUUCAUUUAAAAAGCCAUAUAACUGUUGAUUUUACUUUUCGUGUCUUAAACAAAUUUGAAUUAAUUUUAGUUUCCUUUUACGACAUAUUGCCCGAGUACUUUCAAAUGCAAAACAUUUCAACCAAAAACAACAGCCGUGUGUUUGUUGUGAUUUACUCAUGAUUUAUUUUGCCAAGUCAUCUUUUGAGAGAGACCUGCCUUCAGAACAACCUGCCUCUACAGGAUGGUGGGGGGGAAGAAACGGAGAGAAAGAGGCAUGUGCCUCUGUCAUCUCCCUCUGACCAUCACUCUAUCCUUCACUCGGAGGGCAAUUCCCCCUUGUUUUUGGCUGUGGGGGUAGCGUAAUGUGCAAUUUUGUUACACAACUCAUCACAGUGCACUGCAACUCCGAUUCAUGAAGAUGAUUUCCUUUGUGUUCCGUUUAGCUUUGAAAUUGUUUUUGAAUGUCCUCUCGGUGCAAGAUUGUGUUUUUAAUUGGUUUUUAUGUAUUGCAUGUUAUUAAACGAGCAGUAUUGUAUUGAAUGAAAAGAGUGGAAUUUUAGCAUUGCAGUCGGUACCAUCCAGUCAGGACACGGCAAUUUACACAGGUACACUGCGGGCCUCCAUUGGCCCUGCAGUCCGUGCGAAGCCCUGACCUGUCAAUCACCUUCCACUGCAGUUUGUCAAACAGGACAGGUGCUAAGAAACAGAAUAAAGCUGUUUUACCGGUCUCACGUAAAUGGGUCGGCCAGAAGUGAUGAUUGUUUGUGAGAAUAUGCGGUAUACAUCACAGUUAAGGGGCUUGCUGGCCUUGCUUGCUGGACUACAGUGUUAUUCUAGUGGGGAAAACUGGCACCAGAAGACCCACAGUUAAUACUCUCCCUUUAUAAAUGGUAACGAUUUUAAUUCUUGUGUACAUAUAAUUGUAUUGUGUCAAAAAAAAGACUGAAGUCCUGAUUUUCACAUUGUGUGAAUGGUGCCGUCAAACAGGCUUCUCUCAGGGUGUCUCUGUCUACCUGGUCACUUUACCUGGAUACCCUUUUAACUGGUCACUUUACCUGGAUACCUGUUUUAGCUGGUCACCUUAAAUGGGAUACCCUUUUAGCUGGCCACCUUACCUGGAUACCUGUUUUUGCUGGCCACCUUACCUGGAUACCUGUUUUAGCUGGCCACCUUACCUGGAUACCUGUUUUAGCUGGCCACUUUACCUGGAUACCUGUUUUAGCUGGCCACUUUACCUGGAUACCUGUUUUAGCUGGCCACUUUGCCUGGAUACCUGUUUUAGCUGGCCACUUUACCUGGGCUGUGUCUCAAAUUGCACUUGUGUACUCGUGCACUGGCGGUCUUAUAAGCUUAACUUACAAGUGCACCAACAAGUCAACUAGUUAGAAUGCAAGAACAUAAAAUGUGUUAAUUUGACACUCAAUUGUACUAUAACGUCAUGGCUCUUCUGACCGUAAUAAGACCUGCAUCUAGCUGACUGACAUCUGUCUAACUGUCACACAAGUGACAGUUAGCUAGCUAGCUAGCUAGCUAGCGAUAUUAUAGCUGAAAAACUUUUUUGUUAUACACAUUUGUGGUAAACAUUUAUUGGUAUAGUUUUAUUUAUAAAGUAAAAAGCGAUAAAUCUUAGCAGUAGCCUAUAUAUCAAAAAACUAAAGUUAGUCAUCUCCAGUCCUAGAUUGCUUACAUCCCAUUAUAUUUGUUUGAAUACUUAAUUCCUGCUGACGGCAAUUCAGCUCUGAAAACGCAAUGACUACAGGGAACGGAAAGUGUGCUCCAAAGCACAAAAGUCUUUAAUUUUCAGUCCUCCCAAGUACAGCAAGACUUCCAGUGAAUUUGAUGUGUUUGGGAUUUGAGUUUGGGACGCACUUGAUCACAUGACCAUUAACUUUGCUCACUAACUAGUCCACAAUUCUGCAAUUUGAGACACGGCCCUAGAUUUUCACUGAUCUGCCCUUUGAACUAGCCUCUUUACCUUGGAAUCCUUUUACCUGGCCACUUUACCUUGGAAUCCUAUUACCUGCCCGCUUACCCAGAUACCCUUUUCCCCGGUCACCUUUCUUGGAAACCCAUUUAGUUGGCCACCUUACAGGGAUACCUUUAUCUCUCACAGCCUUUUGCCCCCUAAUUCACUGUAAUAUAGUGGUGCCCUGACAACCAAUCCCCUGCCUUUUAGUAAUGCUCCACCCCUAACUGUCUUACUGUGCUACCCCUGUGGAAAGUGGUCAGAAGUAAGGGUAAGAGUAGGUAGUAUGCACUCUCUCUGGCCCCUGCUGUGCUCACUGGGUGCGUUCCACUUCCACUGUAGGGUCUGUUGGCACUGCUGCACUGUAAAUACCGUCCUGGCCAUUCACAUUUCCCCGGCAUCCCUAGCUGGGCUCAUCAUAGGAAAACUCAGUCAGAAGCAUCAGGUAGACCAUCUGUGUUUGUUAUCUUGUGUGGAGAAAAACAUGAAAAUAGUAUGUAAAAUAGUGUCUGUUAAACCACUAUGUACUGUACGCCGUACUGCACAGAAAUGCAACAAACCCAGAAGUUGGAACAAACAUUUAUAAACAGGGGAUGUCUGCAGCUCCACAGUUUAACUUUUGAAUAUGUUUAAGUGGGUGGCAGAGAAACCUUGAUAAAGCUGAAGCAUGCCUCACUCAGACUGUCUGGCCGAAUACUGAUUCAGUUUUCUUUUUUUCCGGUUUGUUUUUAUUCUUUAACAAGAACAUGUCUCCUCUGGAAUCUAUGCAACAGCUUUUCACCUGUGUUGAAAUGUGGGUAGACCGACUGGAUCCUGUAAAUAAUGUACAACAAAACUGACAAAAAGACAAUGGGAGAGGAAUAGCCGACAGAACUAAAUGGAACCCACAAAAUAUUAUGAAUGUUAGAAAUAUUUUUAUAUAUUUAAAAUGACAACAAAAAAAAUAAUGUGGGGGAAAAAGCUGUGAGAAGCAUUAAAGGGAAUGUUUUUAUUAAUUUAUAAAUGUUUGAAUUAGCAAUAA